GAGUUGAAGCUGCUUCAAGAAAUCCGCGGCGACUAAUUCUUCGAAAUCACCAAGGAGGGCGUGUUAAGAGUAUGGUGAUAGAGUGACAGACGCUAAAAUGAAUACAUUUGGCAGUCGUCGUACAAACGUAAAAAUAGCAGUAGGAGCUUUAGUAUGCGAGGAAAGUAUUUUAAAAGGGGAUAUCACUAUUGGACCAAAAACUAUAAUUCAUCCAAGAGCAAGUAUCAUUGCAGAAGCUGGUCCAAUUAUAAUAGGUGAAGGGAACAUUAUAGAAGAAAUGGCGAUCAUAACAAAUAGGUUACCACCAGAUACUCCCGAACCAACAACAAUUCCGGUACAAAUAAUAGGCAAUUAUAAUGUAUUUGAAACUGAUUGUACUUGUGAAGCAUUUAAAGUUGGAGAUCAUAAUAUUUUAGAAAGCAAAGCUCAUGUUGGUCGUGAGGUUGAACUGACCAAUGGUUGUAUUAUAGGAACGUCAUGCACAAUCACAGAAGCAGACACAAUACCAGAAAAUACAAUAAUUUAUGGUAACGAAUGCCAACGUAGAGAAAUGCACGAUAAACCAUAUGUGAGUUUCUAUUGAAUGUGGGAUUACAUUAUAGAACAACAAUUUUUCUGGAGGAAUAUAUGAAGAGGAAACGCAGUUAAGAGCGUAGCGGUCGCGAGUGCCGCUUUAUUUUAAUGAUCGCUCUUCGCAACCCUCUUGAACGCAACUCUUGUCGCGGAAAGUGGUGACCCGAGAGAGCUGUCAUAUUUUGACGUCCGCAGCGGGCGUUCUAGGCCAGAAGGGGGAGACAAGAAGAAAAGAGAUUAUUUUUCGUCGCGCUGGGAGAAGCCAGAAAUCAGUACGACGGCACAACCAAGGGAAAGUCCCUAAUGGCGUAACAACCACAGAUUUGUGCAAGGUUUUCUUAUCCCUGUUAGUGCGAAUUCAUUAUCGAUAAACUUUUAGCGGAUGAUUUUUGUCUAAAUUGAAAAGAGACUUAAUUCUUUAGUUGCUAAUUUGAAAAUACUUCAAACGAGAUAUAGAACAUAUAACAAACAACAUAACAAAUUUUGGAUUACGAUACUCUUGAAAUGUUUCUUCAACUUCAAACUUACUACUAAUACUUCACAUAUUACUUUUUACAGCACUAUAAUAUUCUACGACACUAUAACUACAUCAAUUAUGCGGGCCGCAGUAUCUUCAUAAAGAAAUUCCUUCGCAAAAGUAGUUAUCCAGAAACAGUAAACUAAUCCCACAAAAUUAAUUUAUACAAACAAUUUUCUUAUAAACAAAAUUUUAUUUUUGUAGCAUAUUAUUCUAAUCUAUAAAGGCGAUUACCGUAGUUAUGGAAAAAGAUCAUUUUUAGAUUUAUAACAAGGAUUACUCUUGCUUAAUAAUCGAGCCUAAUGGAUGGAAUAUGAAAAGAACUACAACUGCAACUGCAAUUGCAAUAUAAAACAACGAAAAUCACGAAGAGCACAAAAUGAAUUCAGCACCAAGUGGAACUUCAACCGCAUUAAAAUCAUCCGCCAAUAAUUCAGGGAAUAGUUAUCGUUGGACGAUAGACGGUCCCUAGAGAACGUUUCACGAUGAUCUUUCGUCCAUCAACGGUGGCGGCGAUCGUGAACGCGUCAAACAACUCUCGGCGCCCUCGCUCUUGCGCUUAAAUUGACGUCCGCGGACAACACGGGAGAACCGCUUUGUCGAGCGGCGAACAAGAGUGACGAGCGUUGCGAAUGCACGACUCGCUUAACAUUUCCAUUGUGAACGCAAACGAAGA